GCUCUUCCUCUUUCUCUCUCUCUCACCCUCUCUCUGUCUCUAACUCUCUCUCUCGGUCUCCUCUCGUCUCCUCAUCUUCUACUGUCUAUCUCAACAACAACAAGAACACUUCAUCCCAACAACAGAUGUCUUAUGAUAAGUCCUAUUCACAAUUCAGUUGAAUUUCCAGCCGCCGCCAAGAGAUCACAGCAACUCGGCAGGCUCUCACAUACAUUCACUCUAAUCAGUGUGAGUGGGUGAAGACCACUGCGGUCUAAAAAAAAAAGCAGAAGAUCCAAAAUAUCAAGCUCUUUAAAAUGGGUCAGGGAGAGCAGUUGCGAGAGCUCGUUCGCUCGAUGGGCUGGUCGUAUGCGGUCCUUUGGUCCAUCCCGCCGCUCAUGACGGAGCUAGUAUGGACUGAUGGAUGGUACGAAGCAAGCAAUUUGAAGGUGAAUGUCGAGCGACUGUUCAACUCUUCGUACAAAACAUGUUCUUUUGCUCCAGGAUAUGGAUACGUUGGCAAGGUAUUCACUCAAGGCCAGCACAUUUGGGUGACGGGGGAUGCCGUUCACAGACAGAGCACUACGUCGGGUCAAGCCACCUUCUUCAGCUCAGCAGGCAUUCAGACUUUGCUGUGCUUUCCAUGGUUCAACGGAGUAGUGGAGCUGGGCGCAGAGGGCUUGGUGCCGCAGAACGAUGAUCUCUUGCAACAGAUACGGAGGUUCUUGUCCAACACUCCGGCUUCCAAGCUGCAGCAGCAGCAGCAGCAUCUGAGGGGCAUUCCAGCCGGUGAUGAUAGUUGUCAUAGCAGCAGGUUCAGUUCUCUGUCUCCGUCCCAAGGUCCUCUGACGUCUCAGGGGCUUUCAUCAGAUGAUGCCGAGGGCGGGGGCCUCAGUGACACCACUCUCAACCAGCCGGUGGAUUCUUGCCCAUCUCUCUCAAUGGAGGACAGAAUUAUGCGCCAGCAUUUUCGUUUGACAGCAAUGUCCGGGAUCGAUAGCAGCUGCUAUUGGGCUCAAGGUCCUGCAGCGGUAGAUGCAGAGAUUUUGCUCCCUGCAAAAUCCUCGUCCAUGUCCCAAGUUACUGGCGCAGCGGCAGGAGGCCUCCACCAUCAGGGGGCUCACAGCGGAAUCACUGGAAUGAUUGGAGCAGACUGGAGACUGGAUUUCGGCUCGGACAUUCAUCAAUUGACGUCGUCGCCAACCAGCACUCUCCAGCAGGCAGUGUUCACUCCACUGCCCGGCACAGAGCAUGAGGAGUUCGAAUCGUCCUCGUUUCUCGUCGCUUCUUCGCAGCUGAACCAAACGGCCAAGUCCCUAUACCAACAGCAGCAGCAUUUGCAACAGAUGGCCGCCAAGAGCCCGACCUCGUCGGGAGUGGAAAUCAGCAGCAACCAACAACAACACCUGCGUGGAUUCCUAUCGACGAAGAAGACGGGCACUCCCGCUUUCAAGCCAUGGAAAGGGCAGAAGCAAGUGAUCGGAGUCAAGAGGCAAAAGAGCCAGUCGAACCAGGUGCUGUUGCAGCGAUCGAUUAAGAUGGUUCAUCAAAUUUCUUUACUCAACCAGAAGAAGGAUGAGAAGAAACGGACCGAGCAGAUGGCUCUGGCCAUGCGGCGUGCUCCCACCGAGGCCAGAGAAUAUCACUCUUGCCACGACGAAGCAGCCAUCAACCACAUGCUCGCGGAGAGGAAACGAAGGGAAAAGCAAAAGGAGAACUUCUCCGCUUUGCGAGCGUUGAUUCCGUUCGUCAGCAAGACGGACAGAGCAUCGAUACUGGGCGAUGCGAUUCAGUACGUAAAACAGCUGAGAUCACGAGUUCAGGAGUUGGAGAGCAUUAACCGUGAGCUGGAGGCGCAAAUACCCAACAGUCAACGGAAGCCGAACUCUUCUGUAUAAUGGAUCGAUAAAUUGAUCGAUUGAUUGAUUAUGCGCAGUAGGAGUCACAAACCCCCCCGUCACAUCCAAUUGCCGCCAGUAGUUGACGUCCAAUCACUAUCGGCUCGUCCCUAUGCCCCCAUGUUAGUUACAAUGUCACAAGCGAAUUGUACAUUACCAUUUUUUGGCUCUUCCUGGCAGAAUUUUGGAGUCUCCCGGGAAGUCCAGAUCAUACGUAGAGACUAAAUGACCAUCGACGAUCAUCCGCCUGCGCAUCGCAUCGCACUACUUUUUAUAACUGAAGGUACUGUAGUUGCCGCCAGUGAGCCAGCUCCAUUCGCAACUCCAACGUUGCCAACGGGGACUUUAGAACAUCUCGAAGCUUAGAAUCUGCUCAGCCAUUUGUACAGAUCCCCAACCCGAACCUCUCAUUGCUGUAGUUUAGUCUGUUUGAGUAAUCCGAUUCCGGGGGUCUAUCAUGUACAGUCGAAUUUUGAAUAUACAAGUAAAGAGAUUCGGA